CAUUAUCCGUGAGCAGCAGAGCCGACCCAGUUCUCUGACAGUCCUACGGUUCUACCUGUCCUUUCCCAAGACAUGGUACAAACAAAGAAGUUCAGAGGCGUCAGGCAGCGCCACUGGGGAUCAUGGGUGUCUGAGAUUCGCCACCCACUGCUGAAGAGAAGAGUGUGGCUGGGCACCUUCGAGACAGCCGAAGAGGCCGCUCGAGCCUACGACGAGGCGGCGGUGUUGAUGAGUGGACGAAAUGCAAAGACCAACUUUCCGGUGGCCAGGGCUCCAUCUGGGGAUCCAAACACAAGCGAGGGUCUGUCAGCGUCGACACUCAGCGCCAAGCUACGGCGGUGCUGUAAGGCCCCCUCCCCCUCCCUCACCUGUUUGAGGCUCGACACAGAAAACUCCCACAUUGGAGUCUGGCAAAAGCGCGCUGGGCCGGGCUCGGAAUCCAACUGGGUCAUGACGGUUGAACUUGGGAAGAUGAACGCUCAAGCCCCAGAGGCGUCGUCACCGGCUUUAUCGGAGAAACCAGAGAUGGCGAGGGCAGAUGCCAGAGGUGGAGUGACCGAAGAGGAGAAGAUUGCACUGCAGAUGAUAGAAGAACUUCUGAGUCCUUAGCCAUCGUAUCGAAUUUACCAAGGGGAACGGAGCUUAAACAAGUGACGGUUCCUGUUCUUUCAAUAUUUCAUUCUCAGUGUACGUAGAAGCAUAUAUAUAUAUAUAUAUAGAUGUUAAUAUCCACUUGGGUUGAUUUGGGUUUUCAUUAAAUGAACCUCUGAACCUCUGUGUAUUAAAAAAUUUACAUAAAAGAGAAAGGCCAAUUAACAAUAACAAUACUAGCUCAGUGGCCCAUUUGAAUCUAGCAAACUUGAAUAUAUCUAAGUGUAACCAGAAUAAAAUAAAAGGAACUGAUUUAAGAUAGCUUCUUUAUCCCA